CUCUCCUGCUCUCUCUCUCUUUCUCUCUCUCUCUUUUUGCUUCAUCGUCGCGUCGUCUUCUUCACCAUCUUCGCUCUCUCUCUCUCUCUCUGUCUGAGCUAGCUACUUCUUCGUCUUCCAGAUGGAUUCUCACAAAACCGAAGAAGGUCAAUUCCAUCAUCAUGAUCUCGAUCUUGAUUCGACGGCGGACUUAAUCGUUCAGUCACCACCCUCCACUCUCAACCACCACCAAAAUUCCGAAGUCGAUCCCGAUUUUUCUCUCCCGGAAUUCGUACUCUUCCGUUCUUCUCCAUCCGGAGAUUCCCCAGGUCAAUCCUCCGACGAACACGACGAUGCGUCUCAUCCCUACGCCGGAACCCCCAAAUUUGAUGGUUCUUCAAAUUCUAGGGUUUCCAGUGACGGAAGAGAUGAGUUUUUUAUCAGCCCAGAGUCACACAUCUCAACUCAGUUCUACACUUUGAACGCUGAUUCUCACGCUCUCAUGAUCCUCUGUCUCCGUGAGGGACGUCUAGCUACUCCCGCGGAGAUCCGUGUCGCCACGCCUAGGUCUGUACUCAAGUCAUGGCGCUGCGUUUGGAAGGACCGAAACGAGGAAACAGCUUACAUCACCGCAUGGAAACGGAUCCAGGAUAAGCUCACUUCCCGCCUUGAUCCAGCCACUGGUAACGAGUUUCUCUGCUUCAAGAAUAAUACUCAGCAAUUCGUCUCUCACAUUAACCAGUGGCAAGAUAUAGUCAUGGGCUAUCACGCUGAUGGCGAUUUGAAACACCUAGGACUUAAAGAGACCAUUGAAAGGAUUAAACAAGUUUGGACUGUUGGUGCUAAGCUCUAUGGUAUUCCCGAGAGCUUUAUUAGGGUUUGUCUAGCCGCAUGUCCUGUUUGUAAUGCUGAAUCUGGUUCCGCUUCGAGGAACAAACGGCGUAGAUUUGAGUAUACUGAGUCUUUUGAUGUGCCUGCCAAGGAGGUUCCCGACAGGUUGCAGCAAUUGGCUGCCAAGCACAAGGUUGUGCUCUGCAUUAGGCAGAAGUAUAUUAGGUAUAAGCCAUUUAUGGCAGAGGUGAAGGAUUAUGCUUGUCAUAGAGCUGGAGAGCCUAGCUCAAUUAAGAAGGCUAGGAUUUUGAAGAGGGAGCCAUAUCAGUCGAAGAAAUGCGGUUGUGGUUUUAGGAUUAGAGCUAUUGUGCCCAUUGCUAACUACAGUGAAAGGACCAAGACUUUUGUAUACCAGGAAGAAGGGACAGCUGUUUUUAAGCUAUACGCUGUCCAUUCAGGACAUGAGCCAGGGGCAACGGAUGGAAAUGCGAGAAUCAUGCAUCGGGUUGUUGGUCAUAAGGAUUUAUUGAUGGAUCAAGAAACUGUCUACGGAGUGCAGGAAGACUUGGAAACUGAUGGGGUCAGUGGCGAUAUGCGUUUAGCUGUCUUGCAUCAGGUGCAGGAACUAAGGAGUGAACUUUGCAUUCUGGAAGGAAAGCUUGGAACGUUUUCAGAAGAGGUGUUGGGUUCAAUGUCCAGCGAGUUGUUUGAGAUGCUCAACAAGAUCAGGAAUUUCGGCGAUGAGAGUGUUAAGGGGACAACGGGCUUGCUUCCAGAGAAGACAGACUCAGAUGAAAUACUUGUUGGAGAUAAUGAUCUGGCACAUUGGAGUGACCAUCAUCACGAGCAUUUAUAUGGAGAUGGGAAGGAUACAGAACUUAUUGAAGAUGAUGAGGACAGUUUUGGGAGGAACCUUGAUAAUGUUGUUCCUUGGGAAGAGAUAAGGCCACCGUCGGGUUGUGGAAGUCCAAAAGAUAUCUUGUCUGAGACAUGCAAGCCUGACAAAUGGUUGAAAUGCAAUGACUUUAAUGAGAAGAGCAUUCUGAAUAGCGAAGAAUCUAAACUAACAAAAGCGAUGAUACACGAUGGAGGAGGUAGUAUAGAAACAGAUGUAGGUUUAGCUGGUAUACAAGUCGAUGAUAGCUUCUAUCAAGAAAACUCCAAGUGGUAUGAUUCUCCUUGUGGUUUGGAUUCAACAACAGACGGUGAAGACAAUGGAUUCAGACACGGGGAGAUUUUGUAGAAACGCGGUAAGGAACCAAGUUCUAACUCUCAUAUCUCACACAUCUCGUUAUGCAUAUCCUUCCCCACUUCAUAACUGGGAAUCAGGUUGUAUAUUUUAUAUCUUCUAUACUUCUAUUACAAAGGUUUCAAGGAUUUUUUGUUUUUGCUGGUUGUUGUAGGAGUUUUAUUGUUGUGUGGUUAUGUAAAGUGAAACCUAGAUUGUUCCUCUGCAUAUAUUGUUAAUUUUAUUCAACUAAGAUUCUCACUUUUGACUAUUGUAAAGUGAUAAUCUUUUGCGCCCAAA